UGAAAGAGAAUCAACUAUCAGCAAAGAGAAUAAUAAACAUAGAAUUAUCAUGGAAAUAAUAAUAUAAAACUAUUACUCUUUUUAAACAAACUAUUUUGAUUGUUUAAAGAUCCCCAUCAUAUUAAAAGACUAGUAUUUGAAUGAAGCAUAUUGUUUUCGAUAAAUUCUCUUCAGAUUCUACAAUUAUAUAUUGAAAUUAAUAAUCCCAAUCGUUAUUAUAUACAUGGACAAUUGUUCACGACAAACUUUUGAUGUAAUUGACCAAAUUAUUUAUAUAGACUGAUAUUUAACCAAUGGAUAUCACAAAAACUUCAUCACAACGAAAAUUUCGACAGAUCAUUCAACCACAUGAGCACAACUUUUCUGUUCCGUCAUUUGGAUAUGAUUUUCGGAAUACUUUCAAAAUGAAUGAGAAAAACACAAUUCAACAACAGCUGCCUACUGAUACAAAUUCCGAAUUUAAAAAAUCAGUGAAAAUGGCCUUAGCAACAGUUAACCAACCAAAACCUCUAAAUUCUGUUAUUGCCGAAACUGGUCCAUCGGUAGAUCAAACAGCUGAUUUCAAAUAUGCUUCAAGACCUCAACUCAGAGAUAUGCAUAAGGAACUACAAACAACAAGUAGUCUACGACGACAAAAUUUUAAUGAAAGACAGGUAAAACUGAAUGAAAGUUCAGUGCCUGCUACCCUAUCAACUAAAUCAUCAACUUACAGACCAGGUUCAAUGUACUUACCAAAAUCAAAAAAUGACCACGUUUUUACUGAACAAAAUAUGAAUUCUCAACAAGCUGGGCUAUCACAACUGCCAGAGUCUAAACAACUGUAUACCGACACAGGAUAUGCAGUUGGUACAGGAGGUCAAUUUGAUCAUUCCUCAUUGCAAAGAGCUUCAUCUUUAGGCAGAAAUUCACACAAAUCCGUACCUGCUUUUAACCCAGUGUUGCCACACUCCGGACUCCCUGGUAUUUUCGAAAACUCAACUGUUAAUGAACAAUCUAAACCUGAUUUACAAUAUUCACACCAAAUGACAACCCAAAUGGAUUAUCCGCAAUGGUAUCAUCAUCAACAACAACGUCUACAGCCGUCACAGCCACAAGAAACAAUAAGUCAACCAGUUCAACAGAUUCACUCUCUACAUUCUAGUGGGUGGAUUUUUCCACAGAAUACUGUGGCUUCAUCUCAGGUUCAUUCAUCAGCUCCAAAUAAUCAAACGAGUUGCUAUAAUUCAUCUUCAUAUAAUCCCGCUAAUAACGCAGGAGAAUUUAUGUUUACUGUUCCUCCAACAGUCGCAAAUAUUGGAGGUACAAGUAACCAACAAGGUGUUAUUCCGCAAAGUUAUAUCCUUACUCCUGAUAUAGCUUCGUUUACCCAUUCACAGACUUCAGAAAGAGUUAGUGGUCCAUUAACUCAGCCAGUCCACCAGUCUCAGUUAUUAGCUGGCACCACUGUACUUCAGCCACAAGUUGCCAUAGUUACAGUUGACCCAGAAAUUUUGAGGGCUAUACUUUCCGGUGCAUUCAAUACACAAGCUCUUUUUCAGUCGGUAAAUAUGAGCUCUAAUAGUAAACCAAAUAUAAAUAUGACAUCUUCCGUCAAUUUGCCAACACAAAAGUUGGAUAAUUCGAACAUUGACGCAUUUCCUUUGUCACUGACUAAAAAUUACUGUCAACCUUCAGAAACUCAGAAUGUUUUUGUUCCUGAAUCAAGUAUUUCCACCGACACAAACAAAGAAGAUCAAAAUUUGGAGAACUUGUGUUGUCUGAAUGAUACAGAAAGCCAAAACUCAACAUUUUUCCAUAAUAAAACUAAAGACAAAUCCAAUGACAAUCAAGAGCUGGUCAGAUACUCGAACGGUAUACAACCCAUACACAACUCUUCAGACGAUAAACCACGAGAAUCAGCACCUAGGAUUGGAAAUCCUCCAAGAACACUUAGGUUUUUAGAAAAGACAGAGUCGUGUGAACCUGGUGGCCAAACCGAAGAUAGUCAUCAUAGUGGACUGACUAGUGGUCGAGAGCCUAGAAAACUUAAACCAUCCAGUUUUAUCUUUGGAUCCCGAAAAGCAUCAACAGAUGAACCACCCAAUCUUCACAAAAAUGAGACAAAUGAAAAUUUAGGGAAACCAAAAGCUGAUAACACCGACAUGAUUGAUCAACGUCAAGAAGUUUCUUCAAUAAGCGCUUAUUAUGAACAACUGAAACGUCGGAACUCCAGACCGCUUAGUGCAUGCAAAUUAACAGCCGGAACACAGUUUCAACCACCUGCAGACCCAUCUUUACUUAAAACGUCGGAAUGUCCUCCUAAUUUUGAAAGUAGCCCUAUGAAUUGUCGGUCAGCUCAUCAGUUGACGAGAGGUUAUACUGUUGCAUCAAGCAAACCAGAUCAUCCUGGUUUAUCAACCGGGUUUUCUAAAGAAAGAACACAAUUAAAGGAAACUGAUCCAUCGAUAAUGACUGUGGCCGAACGUGCAAAGCAGUGGUUGUUAGCACAAUCAAGUGGUUGUCGUGAAAUACAACGUUACUCUACCUCUGGUUUCAUUGAUCAAGAUUUAGUUGACUGUCAAGAUUUAGUACCCGUUGAAGAUAGAGUAAAAAUGUUUGAUAUUGGUGCAUCUUUAGGCCAUCAAAUUGAAAAACGUCCAGAAGUGAAAUCAGAACUACAAGAACUUUGUAAAAAAAAGCAAGUGAAGUUCGGUGAAACUAAUCUACAAAAACCAGAUUCUUCUAAAUCUAUAAACUUGACAAACAAAUCAGUCACUUCUGUAACUCUUCAGACUUUAAGGCCAAAUCAUAUAAAUUCAAGAAGACCUCAUUCUAGCGUAAACUUACAUAGAAUCAAGCAAGAAUCUCCACAAAUGGGAGUGACCCAACCAGCAAUUAAAACUUCUCAAGGUGUAAACUUUAUCAAUUCAAGUUUAAAAAUUGCUCCAGUCAAAGGAGUACAACAAUCAAACGGGGAUGAAUUAACCAGAUUAAGUUUGAAUGAGAAACGAAAUUUAUUUAAUCAACGAUUUCAACAAAGACAAUCAAGUUUAACAAAUAAAUCAUUUAGUGGUGCAUCUGAACCAAAACGUGUAAUACGUCGUAAAACUCAACCGAUUACAUUGGAUGAUUUAGCUAAAGCAAAUCAACUUAUUUUAGAAAGAUAUUAUGGUAAACAUUUAGAAUCACCUUUCGGUAGUGUAAAAGGAGAUGAACAAGAUUCAUUUGGCUUCCAUGAGUAUGAUUCACAAUUAUCAACUCCGGAAGCCAGUUUAAUCAGUUAAUAUAACGAAAAUUCAUCAUUAAUUGAUUGAGUAAACUUGAAAAUAAUUAUUAAAAUCUUCAAAUUUUUUUUCUAUUGCAUGUGCAUGUGAAGGAUUAUCUUUGUGUUUACGGCUCCAGAAGAUAAUACAAAUUAUUGAUUUUUCUGGAUAAAUAUUUACAAAAAAAUGGAGAAUAGACAUAACAAACCAAAUCCAUCCUCUGUAAUUUGUUUGAAUAGAUCGAAAUAUUUCUAUACUAAUUUCAGCAUGACUACAGAUGAGUCCAAAGAUGCUUAUAAUGAUUUCUAUAACAGGUCUUUCAUUAAUCGAAAUAAUUGUUAUAGCAAUAAAUAUGGUAGAUGCGAAAAUUAUAUGGAAUCAAUGAUCAAGACAAAUAAUGAGUUCCCUAGAAAUCAAAGACAAGAAACACAUGAUAACAGAUUGAAAAAUCCGUCUAAAUCAUUCCGUUUAGAUCCACAUCAUGAUAAAUAUGAACUUUAUUCAUCGGACAAAAACAUUUAUAAUUAUGAUAAAAAUGAAUAUUCAAAGAAUAUCUAUCGUAGUAAUAGUUGUAAACAUAACCAUACUAAUGAUAAUUAUGGACCAUUUACACCAGAAUUGAACAGAGAAAUAUCAGCAAGGAAAUCAUCCAAAAUAAAUCAUCUUGUAAAUUUAUUGUAUAGAAAUUCAGAAGAACGAAAUAAGCAACAUAUCAUAACUAAUAAUAAUGCUGGUAAUAACAGCAGGCCCAUAAAUUCAUUAGAACAAAGUGGUUUACCAGAGGGUAAUCAAAUAAAAAUUCAAAAUAAAUCAUUUUCCGGGAAACUACCUAGAACAAUCAACUAUUCAUUUAAUUUACAUCAAAAUAAUAAACAAGUCGAAAAUACCAUAUUAAAUAAUAGUAUUAUUAUUCAAAAAGAAAAUAACAGUGAAGAGAGUUAUCCACAAAUGUCAAUUAGAGAAAGGAUUGCUUGUAUUAGACAGAAUACUUUAAAUUGGAGAGAGCGCGUUGAAAAAGAAGAACCAAAUGUAGAUAGAUCAUGUGAUAUCAAUAAAAUUCGAUUAUCACUAGUUGAGAAACAAGAAUCUUGGAAACAACGUGUUGAUUAUAAAAAUGAUUAUGAUUUUCCAAUAUUUGAACGAAAUAAAAAAACAAAUGACUAUACUAGUCUAGAACCUCUUCCAUCGAAAUGUCCUCAUUCACAAGAUCUAACAACAAACACAUCGAAAUGUUUACCAGUUGAACCAAUAAUACGCAAUACUAGCAAAGAAAAUCGUUCAGAAGUCAAACAUCAAGAAUCAUUUACGACAGCCGAUCCCAUCAAUAAACCUACUACCAUAACGAAGCCAAGCCCACUUGUUAGACAGGCAUUUCAUAUUUCCAAAAAUGUUAGCGUACCUACUAUGGAAGAUAAAGAAUUAACAGAUUUCUUCACCAGUAAAACGACUAUAGAAACAACUAGUGCAGUUGGACCAGUUAAGCUUCCGACUUUGCCUUCGCAACCAAAUAAAGAUUUAAACAACGUGUAUGAAAGGAUAGCUGAUGCACGACGUGCUGCUAGACCAGAAAAACGUAAACCUCCACGGGACUUAAAAAAUCCUUUAAAAGCUUUAGAACAGAGAGAAAACAUAAAAUCGAACUAUGAAGAAAUUCGUACACCUUUGGAAGCUAUUUCAACAGAUCAAGAAUCUGGUAAACAUAUCACACCGUUUAAAACAUUAUUACGUACAGUGGAUCCAUCUGUUAGAACUGACCUAGAUUUUGCUGCAAAAAACUCAAUUCUAGCCGAUUCAGCUAAAGCUGGUCUCGCAUGCUCUGAGGACAUAAAUGAGGCCAAAGGUAAUCUACGUUCAGUCCAAGAAGGACAAUCUCUUCGUAACUCUUCAACCCAAAGACAACUUUUACCUUACAAACCAAUCAUGUUGUUGCAUAUCAAAGGUCGACGUCAUGUUCAAGUUCGUUUAGUUGCCCCUUCAGCCAAAUCUAUGAAUUCCGGUGACUGUUUUAUUCUUAUCACAACUGAUUCAGUAUUCGCUUGGUUUGGUGAAUCCGCCAAUAUUGUUGAAGUGAAUAAAACUCGAGAGUUAGCAUCAUGGAUUCACAAAAAGCAUGAAUUGUCAUAUACUGGGAAUUUAGGUGAAGCAGCACAAAAUUUCGGUGAUGGUUAUAUUGCAAUACAUGAAAAUACUGAUUCUUACAAUGUUGCUGGCUGUUUGGAUAAUGAGAAUCAAAAUAACACAACUGGUAGUUCUAAUCAGCACUAUUCUUCAGCUUUAAAGUUUUGGAAAGCUCUAGGUUAUAAUUCACCACAAAUGGUUCAUCACGCUGGACCACCUGAAGAAGACGAACGCUAUGAACUAAUGAUUCAGCACACUAAUCGUGUGUAUCGUGUUACUUUAGAUGGCUUAAUACCAUGUGAAGAGUGUUGGGGUAACCCAGUGAAAUAUCAUAUCUUACAAUCAGAUCAGGCAUUCGUUUUUGACUUUGGAUCUGAAAUGUAUUUAUGGACCGGUAAACAAAUUACUUCUGAACUCCGUCAAGCUGGUAUUGAAUUAGCCCAUAAGGCAUACAACAUGAAUUAUGAUUUUGGUCAGUGUAAAUUAAACCCACUGGAUCCAUUAAACUCACACACCAGUGAUAUAUUAGCUUCUGGAUGUAAACGACCAGAAUGGACUUUAUUAGGCAAAGUAACGGAUAGAGGUGAAACAGUCUUAUUUAAAGAGAAAUUCUUUGAUUGGCCUGAUACUUCAAGAAUUCAAAUAAAAUCAUUGAAACCUGGAAAAUCAAUCUCCACGGAGAGUUCUCCUGCUAUAGCUUCAUUGACUAUGGAACCAUAUUCAGCUAAUGAACUCUAUGAAACUGCAAUUAAUAAUCCACCACCUCCUCCAAAUCUACUAACACUUGAAGGACGUUACAUUGGUCGUGGUGGUAAAGUAUGUCGUUAUGAAGAUGGUAUAAUAAGACAGUUUUGGGUAGAAACAAAUGAACUUCGUGUAUGGCAUAUUUCCGAAUUUGCUAGGUACGAAAUACCUUUAACAAGUCAUGGACAAUUUCAUAGAGAAGAUACUUAUGUCAUCAGAUGGUCAUAUAAAAUUGCUUAUACUAGUUUACAAAAUAGCAAUAAACGUCCAACUGAAAAUGUUCGUGAACAUUGUGCUUAUUUCUAUUGGCAAGGAUCACGAAGUAAAAUAACAGAAAAAGGGGCAGCUGCAUUAAUGACUAUUGAAUUAGAUGAAGAAAGAGGUCCACAGAUAAGAGUGAUCGAAGGAAGAGAACCACCAGUAUUUUGUUAUCUAUUCAACGGUCGAAUGAUUACGCAUGAAGGAAAAAGAACUGCACAAAAAGAAUUCACUACACGUAUGUUCAUUGUCCGUGGUGAAGUUAUGGAAGAAGGUCAUCUCAUUGAAGUUCCAGUUCAGUUAAAUUCAUUACGUCCACAAGGUGUCUUAUUAUUAGUGCAAUAUACCAAAUAUCCAAUGACAGAUUCUGCUGAAAUUAUUAGAGCAUUUUGUUGGAUUGGUCAGUUAGUACCACCUAGUUAUUUAACAACAGCAAAAUAUGUUCUCAACCAAUUAAAGAAAUGUUGUCCACCAGAACUUGGCAAACAAUUAAAUCUGAUUUAUGAAAUUCAUCAACAUGAUAGAAAUGAACUAUCUAAAGAAUUUUUAAAUAUACUCAAUUCUGAAGAUCAAUUAUCGAGUCCAUUAUGCUUAGAUUCAAUAAAAUCUCAUAGUCGAAUGGUUAUCUGGCAAUUUACACACCAUAAAGGACGCAAACUAGGUGUGGAACGAUUAAAUUAUACUCUUCAGCCAGAUCCGGCAAGUUUACCAUUUGAUGAGACAUUGAUCAAAACUAAUACUAAUAGUGUAUCGCCAUCAUCACAAUCUACUGAAGGAGUUACUGAACGAUUUUUAGCAUCACAAAACUUAAUAACUGCCCACUUAUCUCAGUCUCCUAUAGAGCCGGCUUUUCCAUUCCUACUUGGAGAUUUAUACUCUGUACCACAACCAUCCCUGUUUCUCAUCAUAACUCGAAUACCGUCUGUUUAUAUUUGGGAAGGAUGGUGGCCUAUAUCUACUUUAACAAGAUCUCGGUUUAUGUCACAAAAGUUAUCGAGAUCUUUUUCAACUUAUAGCAAGUCUCCUUCUAUUCCAGGAGAUCAAACAGAUGAUUAUAGAUGGAGUACAUCAUUAGAUGAAUGUUUUGAAUUUAGUCCACAAAAUUCAGCCGAUGGAUCUUUUGAUUUUGAAGAAAAUGAACAACCAGCUUUGACGGGAACAGGUCGUGCUCGAUUUUGUGCUGUACGCAAAGCUGCAAUGCAUACCGCUAAAGCUCUAGCAGAUAAAUUAGGUACAAAAGCUUAUUUAAUCUACGCUGGCUUAGAACCACCGGAAUUUUUAGUUUUAUUCCCUCCUCAUGUUAGAUCGACAGAUGCAAUAGCUUAUCAUCAAUUCGAAGAUGGUAAAACUGAUGGUCAAAAAGAUUUAAUUGACAGUUUACUAUCAUCAUAUACCUUGGCUUCAUAUACAUUGAGUGAUCUUCAACAACGUCCUCUCCCGCCUGAAUUGGAUGCAACCUGUUUAGAAACGUAUUUGGAUGAUAAGACUUUCGAAGAAAUAUUUUCAAUGUCUAGAGAAGAUUUCAAUAAAUUACCAAUAUGGAAACAGGCAGAAAUGAAAAAGUAUUCAGGUUUAUUCUAACUGAAUUCUCGACUUGUUUAAAUUAUUCAAAUAUAUGUGUAUGCAUAUAUAUGUAUAAGCCCAUGCACAAUCUCACAUAAAGAUAUACACAUAUUAUUACAACAUUCACAGUAUUAUACUGAAUUGCAUCAUAUACACAUGAAGACGAAGAGAUUCUUUGAGUUACAUAUUAUUAUUUCACAUUUUUGUGAAUACAUAUACCAGAUAAUACAUAUAAUUGUAUAAAUACAAUACCAUCAAACAAUCCCGGAAGUGAUGACCUUGAAUUUAUCGAAUAUUAUCAUACCCUCUGGAAUGUAAACCAACUUUAGUUUGAAAAAACAAGAUUCAUAUACAUAUAUAUAGAUACAUAUAUAUAGACAUUUUUAUCUCAUUGACUGACUUAAUUUUGCUACUGUUUGAAAGGUAUAAACUUAUUUUAUGCAACUAUUUUUUAUACACUAUGGCUACUUGUGAAAUAAAAAGAGUUAUAGGCUGAUUCAUGUUACUACUAUCAUUAUUAUUACCACUGUUAUUACUAACUAUGUAACUGCAUAAAACAUAAUUUUCAUCAUUCAGUUUGUUUAUUUUUCUCACACUUAUCCAUUGUCCAUAUUUAUGAAUGCCUUAUUCUCAACUUCAAUAUACUAUGCAUGUAUUAAACACUUUAUAUGAUCUAUCAUCCAUUCUGUGUUAGGGUUAAAAACAGAAUACUCGAAUAAGUAAAUUCGUUAUUGGCUUUCAACAGUGAUAUACCAUAUUCUUUCUUUUUCUCUUUAAUUCAAACAAACAAAAACCUAUUACUCAUACAUAGAGAUAGAUCUAAAACAUAAUAUAAAUAAAAUCAAUGGCACAAUCAUAAGAAUUCAUUUGCAUAACUUUCAUAUUCAUUGUCUUUCAUAGUUUAUGUACAACAUAUAUAUAUAUAUAUAGAUAGAUAGGUAAACACAUUCAGUUUUAGUUUGUUUGUAUUGCUUAUAUCAUUCUAUGUCUUUCUAUCAAUCAAGAGAUAUUGACAUUUCAGCUACUUUUGUUCUGUAUUCUUCUUCUUCUUCUUCUUCUACUACUACUUCUUCAAUGAAUAUCAAUUACAAGAAAAGUAUAUUGAAGUUUAUAAAAAAAAGAUAAAAAAAUAUCAUUAUAAUCAAUCAUAAUUGUGCCUUUGUCACUAUACUUACCAUUAUAUCGAUUACUAUUAUUAUUAAUGUUGUUUUCAUUGUCAAUGUUUAUCUGCCACUAAUUUGUUUCAGAUCAUUUAAUAAACUGAAUUAUUUUCAUCAUAAUUAAUAAACAUU